GCUGCCCCGGAUGCUGACCGUGAGCGAGCAGGAGGCUCUAGAGCAGGAGAGGCAACAGGAGCUCCAGCACGAGCAGAUGCUGCAGCUGUGGCAGCAGCAGCAGCAGCAGCAGCAGCAGCAGCAGCAGCAGCAGCAGCAGCAGCAGCAGCAGAGCAGCAAGCAGAGCAGCAGCAGCAGCAGCAGCAGAGCAGCAGGCAGCAGGCAGCAGCAGCAGCAGCAGCAGCAGCAGCAGCAGCAGCAGCAGCAGCAGCAGCAGCAGCAGCAGCAGCAGCAGCAGCAGCAGCAGCAGCAGCAGCAGCAGCAGCAGCAGCAGCAGCAGCAGCAGCAGCAGCAGCAGCAGCAGCAGCAGCAGCAGCAGCAGCAGCAGCAGCAGCAGCAGCAGCAGCAGCAGCAGCAGCAGCAGCAGCAGCAGCAGCAGCAGCAGUUGGAUGAAGGAGCUAUGUCGCCCUGGAGGCGCAGGGGAAUGGGGGAAGGGUCUUGGGAGCAGAGAAAGGGGACAUUGGGAGGAGGCAGGGAGGGCGAAUGGCGGAUCAAUGACAUGCAGUGAAGAGAGGCAGAGGGGUGGUGCCCUGCUGUUCCA